AUGGAUGAUCCAACCCUUUAUCGCAGUGUCAUCGGUGCCCUCCAAUAUGCUACUCUGACCCGGCUAGACAUUACAUUUGCAGUUAACAAAGUGUGUCAAUUCAUGCAUCAACCAACUCUGGAUCACUGGACUAGCGUCAAGCGUAUACUUCGGUAUCUCAAGCAUACUGCAUCUCAUGGGAUACUUUUCCAACCCCAGCAGUCUAUGCAGCUCUCUGCGUACUCUGAUGCUGAUUGGGUAGGUUGCCCAGAUGACAGAAAAUCUACUGGCGGGUACGCCAUCUUUCAUGGCACCAACUUGAUCUCCUGGAGUUCUCGAAAACAAGCUACAGUAGCCCAUUCGAGCACAGAGGCUGAGUACAGGGCCCUUGCCAACACUGCUGUUGAGCUUACAUGA